AUGAGCCUCAGGGCCCAGAGACACAGGUUGUGCCAGGCCACGAGCCUCAGGGCCCAGGCGUCAGGGAGGCCAGAGACACAGGUUGUGCCAGGCCGUGAGCCUCAGGGCCCAGAGACACAGGUUGUGCCAGGCCGCGAGCCUCAGGGCCCAGAGCGUCAGAGGCCAGAGACACAGGUGUGCCAGGCCGUGAGCCUCAGGGCCCAGAGACACAGGUUGUGCCAGGCCGUGAGCCUCAGGGCCCAGAGACACAGGUUGUGCCAGGCCGUGAGCCUCAGGGCCCAGAGACACAGGUUGUGCCAGGCCGCGAGCCUCAGGGCCCAGAGACACAGGUUGUGCCAGGCCGUAGCCUCAGGGCCCAGGCGUCAGGAGAGGCCAGAGACACAGGUUGUGCCAGGCCGUGAGCCUCAGGGCCCAGAGACACAGGUUGUGCCAGAGCCUCAGGGCCCAGAGCGUCAGGAGAGGCCAGAGACACAGGUUGUGCCAGGCCGUGAGCCUCAGGGCCCAGAGACACAGGUUGUGCCAGGCCGUGAGCCUCAGGGCCCAGAGACACAGGUUGUGCCAGCCGUGAGCCUCAGGGCCCAGAGACACAGGUUGUGCCAGGCCGUGAGCCUCAGGGCCCAGAGCAUCAGGAAAGGCCAGAAUGGUCAGAGGCCUCCGGAGAUUGGAUCUCUCUCUCUCUGUCUCUCUCUGUCUCUCUCUCUCCUCUCUCCUCUGUCUUUUCUCUCUGUCUUUAUCUCAUCUCUCCUCUCUCUCUUUCUUUCUCUCUCUCCUCUCUCUCUCCAGGUGUGGUCUAUGGAUGGUUACUAUAAGGGGAGGCGUGUAUUAGAGUACAGGACCAUGGGAGACUUCACUAGAGGACAGAAUUUUGUUCAGCACCUCUUACCUCACCCCUGGGCCGGGACAGGUCAUGUGGUCUACAACGGAUCACUGUACUACAACAAGCACCAGAGCAACAUACUGGUGCAGUACCACUUCCGAUCCCGUAACGUGGUGCUCCAGAGGAGUCUGAGUGGAGCUGGUUACAACAACACCUUCCCCUACAGCUGGGGGGGGUCUUCUGACAUAGACCUGAUGGCUGAUGAGACCGGCUUCUGGGCAGUCUACACCUCCAUACCUAACGCUGGGAACAUACUGGUCAGUCGGUUGGAUCCUCGUUCUCUCGACAUUCUCCAGAGUUGGGACACAGGGUUUCCUAAACGCAGUGCAGGGGAGACCUUCAUGAUCUGUGGUACCCUGUACGUCACCAACUCUCAUCUGGCCGGAGCGAAGGUCCACUUUGCUUACCACACCAACUCCUCCAGCUAUGAGUACACAGACAUCCCCUUCCACAACCAGUACUCUCACAUCUCCAUGAUGGACUACAACCCCAGAGAGAGGGCCCUCUACACAUGGAACAAUGGACAUCAGGUCAUCUAUAACGUGACCCUGUUUCAUGUUAUACAGAGCCAAGGAUAGAGGAGGAGAGGAGGGGAGGAGGGAAAGGAGAGAGACUGACUGAUCUCUAUACAGAGCCAAGGAUAGAGGAGGAGAGGAGGGGAGGAGAGAGACUGAUCUCUAUACAGAGCCAAGGAUAG